CAGGUUUGGCGUUGUCCGCCUCUUACCUCACUUUCAACACGGUAGGAGUGGGGAGCUUCCCAAACAAGAAAAGUCGCUGCCGUACUCGCCUCUAUUUUCUUUUUUGUUUUGCAUUAAUAUAUUUUAAAGUGUGCCCUUUUCAUCUGAGGUGAAGGUGUGGCUGUAACUGUCUUCUUGUGGAUUCAGUCCAAGUGGUAGCGUACGCAUUCUCCAACAAAAGAACUCGUCAAAGGAGGACCGUCUGAAUGAAAAAAGGGUUUGCGAUGAGAUGAGAUGAGGUGCAGGCAUGGCAGUGUGCUGGUUGUGCUAAUCGUGGCGGUGACGGUGACUACCUUUUUCUGGGUCCCCUCUCCGCACAGGUUCAGAGAAAAUGAAGUUGAUGAUUUGGCAUACCAGUUUUUGAGGCUCCAUGAGAGACUGCAAGCUAUGGAGAAAGAGAGUCUGAAAUCAUCUCGUAAUCUUGGAAACCUCCUGCGUGACCUUAGGUUUGCAGUAUCACUAAAAAGAAAUAUCAGCAUUAAUCUCACAGAUUUUUCCAGAUGGAAAGAAAUUAAUAAUACAGCACAACAUAAAAAUCCCCCCACAAUCUUGAAUGUGCUUCUGCCUCACCUGAAGAGACAUGAGAGCAGUUUAUACCCAAAUGUUCUAGUUGGACAACAGAGGUCUGGAGUUUCUCUUGUGUUUGGCAUUCCUACUGUGAAGCGGGAAAAAGAAAGCUACUUGAUGGAAACUUUGAAAUCACUUUUAUUUGAGCUGACAAAAGAAGAGAAGGAUGAUUGUGUCAUUGUAGUGUUCAUAGCUGAGGUGGAUGUAAUGUAUGUGACUGGACUAGCACAUGAUAUAAAAAAUGCUUUUUCCCAAGAUGUGGAGGCUGGACUCAUAGAAGUAGUUUCUCCAUCUUUUGGAUACUAUCCAAAUUUCACAAACCUAAGGGAAACUUUUGGGGACACAAAAGAAAGAGUUAAGUGGCGUACAAAACAAAAUUUGGACUACAGCUUUUUGAUGCUAUAUGCGCAAAAUAAAGGAACCUUCUAUGUUCAGCUUGAAGAUGAUAUUGUGGCGAGAUCAGGAUAUUAUCAGUCCAUGAAGAGUUUUGUACUUCAGCAGACAUCUGCAGACUGGAUGGUUUUAGAGUUUUCCCAACUUGGAUUCAUUGGCAAGCUGUUCCGUAUCUCUGACCUUCCCCUUAUUGUGGAGUUCAUUUUGAUGUUCCACAAAGACAAACCUAUAGAUUGGCUGCUGGAGCAUAUUCUGUGGGUUAAAGUUUGCAAUCCAGAAAAAGAUGCUAAGCACUGUGAGAGGCAAAAGGAGAGUCUGAGAAUUCGCUAUAAACCCUCUUUGUUUCAGCAUGUUGGCACACACUCCUCACUGGCUGGAAAAAUUCAGAAUCUGAAAGAUAAAGAUUUUGGAAAACAAGUACUGUAUAUAGGCCAUCCCAACCCACCAGCUACAAUUAAAACAACUUUGAAGGCCUAUCAAAAAUACACAUUUGAAAGAGCUUACAAUGGUGAAGAUUACUUCUGGGCCUUCUCACCUGAACAAGGGGACAGUAUAAUGAUUGUGUUUAAUGAGCCCUUGAUAGUGGAAAGUUACAUCUUCCGAAGUGGAAAUAUUGAACAUCCAAGUGACAGAUUAUUGGAUACAAUUGUUGAAGUCCUCCCUGAAAGUAAUGCAAUCAUCAGCAUUGGGAAUGGGAUAAAGAAAACAGAGGAUGGCUAUUUCAGAAUUGGAACCUUUGAAAAUGGCAUAGCAGAAGGAAAGGUCCCGGCUGCUCUGAUGAAGAUCUCAGCUUUUCGUCUAACCAUACAGAGCAAAUCAACAUACUGGGUGCUUCUAAGUGAGAUUUUUAUCAAACAAGGGUCAUGAAGACAGCAUAUGGUGCCAUGGAAAAAGGAAUUUACAAAAAUGGUCUUCCUAAAGCAAAAUACAGCUUGGUAUCUUUUGUGACUUUUACAGUGGUGCUGUAUAAUGCCAUAAGUACAAAGAACACAAGGCAAUUUCUGUUUUCCCUCCCAUGAGAGGGAGAGAGAGUCCUCCUUACUGUGAAGUCCCCAGGCAACCAUCAGGAAAAUCAUUGACUUUGUAAGUAGAGAAGAAAAGCAGUGGUGUGUUCUGAAUAUUGCUUACUUAAAGUUUAUGGGAUUUAAACUUCAGCCCUUAAUUGUAAUCUACUGCAUUUAUUAUGUGAAUUUGCACAAACAUCUACCACUGUUUUUGUUAAAAAAAAUACUAAUAAAGCAUGCAAAACAAGACAUUGUUUAUGAUCACUACAGCUUUAAAUAUUUUAUGGUACUUCAUGGAACCUAUGAUGUUUUGAUAUCUUCUUGGAAUCUAUUAUGUUUUUAUGUAUUUUACAUUUUUAUGCCAUCUAUAGUUUUAACAAUUGUCCAUGAUCUCAAGUGCUGAGUUAUUUUUCUAUGGCUGGUUCCUCAUUUAACUUCAUAUCCAAUAAUUUCCUAACUGUAAUUUUAAUCCAAUAGCUCAGUGAUGUGAAGCUGUUACUACUUGAAUUACUACCUGCUAUGAACAGUGGUGAUCUGAGGUUAAGGAUCUGUGCUGGUACCUGGAAGGUUGCCAGUUCAAAGAAGGGAUCCUACUGUGUUGGGUGCUUGAGCAAGGCCCUUAACCUUAAAAUUGCUCCAGGGAUGCUGUACAAUGGCUGCCCUGCACUCUGACCUCCAAAGGUCAUGUGAAAAGACAAUUUCCCUUUUGGGAAUUAAUCAAUGUAUAAAAUACCAAAAUACCAAACUAGAGUAAGUUGUGAAUUUGAACAACAAAUUAUAAUAAUGGCUUUAAGUGGUACACAUCUGCAUUUAGAAAUUAUGUCAAUACACUGGAUUUGCACUGGAGCUCUUCUAACUGAUUAUCGUCAAGAGGCAGCAAUGUGCUGCCAUUUUUCUUUUGUUUACCUUGUCUGCCUCCAGGGCUGAAACAGUUGUGAAUGUCGUCUUCUUCUUCUUUCGGCUUCUCUCAUUUGGGAUUGCCACAGCGGAUCAUCUUCUUCCAUAUCUUUCUGUCCUCUGCAUCUUGCUCUGUUACACCCAUCACCUGCAUGUCCUCUCUCACCACAUCCAUAAACCUUCACUUAGGCCUUCCUCUUUUCCUCUUCAAUGUCUACAUUCCUAAAAUCAAUAUAUAUUAACAUAUAAAGUUGGGUAAACUAAAUAUCAGUGAUUAGGAAAGAUGCUGUAUUUUCUUGUUUGUUUUCUGUUAUAGUCUGUAUGCCACCAUUUGGUUGUAUUAUCAUUGUCACUAUUUUUAAAUUUAGAAUUAUGAAUUUGGUUGCAGUUUUUUCAUCAUUUUUAAAGUAAGAAAAAGUUACAGUGCCUGACUAUUGGGUGCAUCUUUGUAAAUGGGAUGAUAGCGGAAUAUUUAAGGUGUAGAGGAGAUUGUGCCAUUAUAAAGGGCACAACUAAGUAACAUUUGCUUUUUAUUUAGACUGAUUUUAAUUAAUUUCAAACUGUUUAUUCAUUCAUUUUCCACCCCUUAACCAAAGUUGGGUCACAGCAGGCAACAGUGAGUCCCAAAUGUCCUUUUCCACAGCCACACUUGGUGAGGGAAUGGAUGUAGAUUGACUGGUAUAUCAAGAGCUUUUCCUUCUGGCUCAGCUCCUUUUUCACCACUACAGAUCGGUAUAGCAACCACAAAACUGCACUCAUUGCUCCAGCCCAUCUGUCAAUCUCACCAUUCCUUUUCCCUUCACUUGUAAACAAGACCACUAGGUACUCAAAUUCCUCCACUUGAGGCAGUAACUCAUGUCAAACUCUGAGAGGACAGUCCACCUUUUUCCUACUGAGGACCAUGGCAUCAGAUUUGGAGGUUCUGAUACUCAUAUCUGCUGCUGCAAACUUGGUCACAAACAACCAUCCCAAUGGUGCUGGAGUUCGCAGUCCGAUGAAGCCAACAGGACCAUGUCAAAAAGCAGUGAUGCAAUUCUAAGGCCGCUGAACUAGACCCCCUCCCCUCCUCAGCUGCACCUUGAUAUCUUGUCCAUGAAAACCACAAACAGGAUAGGAGACAAAGCACAUCCCUGGCAGAGUGCCACACCCACAGGAAACAAUACAGAUGUUUAUUUUGAAUAUGCGGAGAUAGCUGUCACUGUGAUUGAUUAUAUAGCCCUCAUUAGGGGCCACAGAACCCCAUACUCUCUAGGCACCCCCACCCCCCCACAGAAUCCUCGAGGAACAUGGCCAUACGCCUUUUCUAAGUGUACAAAACACUUGUAGAACAAUUGGGCGUACUCCCAAGCCCCCUUUGGAAUCUUCAUGAGGGUAAAGAGCUGGUCCACCGUUCCAUGGCCUGGAUGGAAACCACAUUGCCCCUUCUGGAUCUGAGGUCCCACAACUGGACGGAGUCUCCUUUCUAGUUCCCUGGCAUAAGCUUUCCCAGGAAUGCUGAGGAGAAUUUGGAAUUUACUUCAUUGUAUUAGUUCCAAACAUACAGUGUUGAAAAAUGUUAAUGUGAAUUAAAAUCUGCCAGCUAAAUUUACAAGGAUUACUGCUGUAAAAUUCCUCUUCAGAGUAAAGUGAUCACCUAUGAUUUAAAUGACAUAUGUGUUCAUCAGUAAAUUUUUGAAGUUUAUCUUAUAUUAUUAUUAAACUAAAUAUGGAAUUCCUACUCUUUAGAAAUUCCAGAAGUCCUUUUUAAAGAGAAAAAUGUAUAGCUUUUUAAAAUCAAUAAUUAAAAUAAUUUUUAUUUUUUUCAUAUGAAAAUGAUUGUCUCUGUUGUUUUCAAUUGACACUUAUACUAUAUUCCUUUAUUAAUUUUUUUGUAAUUCCUAUUUGUAUUUUUGCUUAUAUUUUCUUAUAUCUUUAUUCAUUUUUAACUUAUUUAUUAAGAAACAGUUGGGUCCAAGCAAACCACAAAUGUUUGUGUUCUCCACUAACCAAAGAGACUGAAGUAUGGAAAAGUUGCCUUCAGCAUGAGCUUGACAGUGUUGUGAAUUUUUAAAUGUUAACUUAUUUGAAUUCGCACAAAGAAUAUUGAAAGUGGACAGUUACUAAAAAGUUAAAUGAUUCAUAAUUAACAAUUGGUUAUGUCUUAUUUUGUGUAUAUUGAAGUCUUUAUAGCACAGUUUACAAUUUUUAUGAUCUUUGCUUUUGUGAAAACCUUGAAGAUAUGUUUAUUUUUAUGAACCAGAGUUUUAUUUAAUGACCAAUUUAUGUUGGGGGAUUUUAUAUAAAUAUUAUAUUGUACAUUGAUUUAAAGGAUCAUGUUUUUAAAUAUAAAUAAAC